AUGAAUUCAUCGAGAGAAAAUCGUAAAUAUCAACAGUGGAAUUUAGUCUCAACUGGCGAACUUCUUUGUCGUCGAUUUUUAGAUUCUUCAAUUGUUAUUAUACGACCUAAUGAAAUGAAAGAUGGAACUUUUUCAAGAUUUUCGAAUUUUGUACCGAAAACAAAUGAAUAUGGUGAUCCAAUUUCAUACGAUACAAAUAAUCUAAUUGGUCUUCAUCAUUUACGUGCACUUGAUGAACAAAUUAUGAAACAAACAACAUCUUUAUCGGAUAUUAUUCUCGUUGGCUUUAGCAAAGGUUGUGUUGUACUCAAUCAACUUCUUCAUGAAUUAACAGUUUUACGCUUUAUGACAACAGAUGUUGAUCUUUCCAAAUUUGUAUCACGUAUUCGUACAAUUAUUUGGCUUGACAGUGGACAUAAUAAUGGAAAUCGAAUAAUGAUUUGGCCAACAGAUAAAAAUCUUAUUUCAACUCUUGUUCAUUAUCAAAUAAAAACUGAAAUAUAUGUUACAUCAUAUCAAAUAAAUUCACAAAGUCCAUACAAACAAUAUCAUACUCAACAGUAUAAAAAAUUCUCUGAAUUAUUAAUUGAACAGUCAACAAAUUUAUCUGGAAAUGAUCAUAAGACAAUAAAUAAAAUGUUUUUUGCUGAUGAACCACCUUCAUUAGAUAAACAUUUUGAAUUGUUAACUGUAUUUUAG